AUGAGUAAGAAGAUCGAUUCGAUGAAGCCAUACUUCCCCGCGGUGAUAAAAGGGUGCGAGUCCGCGUCAGAUAAAUUUUUCAAGUGCCUGAACGAAAAUUUGCAACCCCAGGGAAAUGACCAAACCGCCAGCGACGGCAUAAAUCAGUGCCAACCAUUAAAAAUGAAUUAUGAAAAAUGCAUGGAAGAGAAGCUGGAAAAGGUGAAUAAGAACUCCCUCACGUUUUUGACAUCCUACAAGGGGAGUUGA